AUGGGCAAGAAAACAGAGUACGUUAGCCCUCGUUGUUGAACGCGAAAGCAUGUAUCCUAACAUUUUCCUAGAAGCAAAGAUAUCUACAUCGCUGUUACCGGUACCACAGGAGCGGGCAAAUCCGAAUUCAUUCGUCUUUGCACUGGUCAAGAUGUGGUCGUCGGUGAUGACUUGCAAUCCCGUGAGUUACGCUUUUAGAAGCACCAGACCAUGAUAAUCUGACAUCUUCCCAGAGACGUCCGAAGUCGAAGAUUGGACGUUCUACUGGAACCGCCGCACUCGUGUUCAUUUGAUCGAUACGCCAGGCUUUGAUGACACGAACAGAAAAGAUGUCGAAGUCUUGAGAGACAUUGCGAGCUGGUUGGUUGUGACCGCGCGGCAAGAUAUCCUUCUCAGCGGCUUGGUGUACUUGCACCCUAUUUCCGACAAUCGCUUCCGAGGCUCUGCCCUUCGUAAUCUCUUCAUGUUCAAGCAGCUCUGUGGAAGUAGCUGUCUCCCUAGCAUCGUGUUGGCCACGACGAUGUGGGAUAUAGUGCCAAUUGAAGACGGAGAGAGGCGUGAGGCUCAGUUGCGUUCGACAAAGGGAUUCUGGGGCGAAAUGGAGAAGGGAGGAAGUCGGGUGAUGAGACAUAAGCGGACUGAGGAGUCGGCCAUGGCCAUAUUGGACGCCAUCAUAUCACACAAGCAUCCUCAAAUGCUCAAAAUCCAGCGCGAAAUGGUCCAUGAAAGACGCAGCUUGGAUCAUACUUCAGCCGGGCUCAAGGUCCACGAGGAUCUCAUCGAAGCCGGGUGGAAGCAUGAAACAGAGCUGGCUGCUUUGCAGGAGGACAUGAACAAGGCAGACGAGGAGUCUCAACAAGUCAUCGCGACCCUCAUGGAUGAGCAGCAACAGGAGAUGGCAGAGAACGAGAAAGCCCGCGAAAGGCUGAAGACGGACAUUGAAAGCCUCGAGGCCGACCUUGUCAGGGAAAUGGAGACUUGGCACGCCAAGCUAAAGGAGCAAAUCAGUCAGUGCUUGCGCAAGGAGGCGACGAUGCGGGCGCUCCAGCAGCGAUGGGAAGAAUGGGACCGGCAGAGCGUUGUUGAUCUAGAGCAGAAAGAAGAUCUGCGGAAGCAGCUCGAUGACUUGCGUGAUCAGCAGGGAGAGGAUAGGCAGCGGCUGAAAGACGAUUGCGAAAAGGCAAGUCGUAGGAAUCCCGGUAGGCAGCUGAACCAUUGUGUUUCAGCAGUAUCCCAGCUAAUAUACCUAUUCAGGUUCCAACAGAUUCCAAGUAAUCAUCCAGUUCUUUUCCAGACUGUUCGGUUUCUGA